AUGGAAACAGUUGAAGCAUCAUUGAGAAAACAAUGGAUUGUAAAAGGUAAAUUUCAACUUAUUCCAUUAGGUAAAGGAUUUUUCAUAAUCAAAUUAGAUAAUGAAGAAGACAUAAGUUUAAUCUGGAAAUGUCUUUGGAUUGUUGAAUCUCAAAAUCUGAAAUUAAGAGCCUGGGAACCAAAUUUUAAUCUAAAUAAUCAAAAAACUACAUCAUCAUUUGUAUGGGUUAUGUUUCCUGGUUUAAGUAUUGAGUACUGGAAGGAGAAUAUUAUCCUACAAAUGGGUAACAAGGUUGGAAGAGCAAUCAAAGUUGAUGAAAAUACCUUGAAAAGAGAAAAUGGUUUUUAUGCAAGUGUUCUAGUUGAAGUAGACUUGGAAAAAUCAAUUCCUAGUAAAAUUAGUAUUGAAUCAAAGUAUGGAAAAUUUGAGCAGUCUUUACAGAUUCCUAAGUUACCUAAGUUCUGUAAUCAUUAUACAACAAUUGGUCACUUAGUUGCUGAAUGCAGAAUGAAGAGAAAAGAACACCAACAAGAGCCAGUUAAAGAGGUGGAGGAAAUUUUUAGAGAAGAAGAACCUAUUGAUGCUGUAAUUCACCCCAUGCUUCAACUUGGAGAAUCUUCUACUUCAGGGAGUUUUCACAUAUUACAAGACAAAUCUGAAGAACUAAAAGAACUUCUUGAGGCUCAGAAUUCAAUUCCAGUACAAUAA